UCUCUUCUCUUCUCUUCUCUUCUCUUUCUCCUUCUCUUCUUUCCAAACACAACAACAGCCAGCAAGCAGCAAUGCCUGCUCCUUUAAGGAAUCCCAAAGUCUUCUCUUUGACAUUUCUCAACACCUUCUUUUUCAUAUUAUUAUUAUCAUUCCCAAGUAUUUGUCAUUCCAUUGAUAUCCAAGGCCAAGCUUUACUUUCAUGGAAAGCCACCUUAAACAACAGCUCCACAAAUGCAUUGGUAUCAUGGAAUCCUUCAGACCCAACUCCCUGCAAUUGGGUUGGAAUUCAAUGCAAUUCCAAUUCUCAAGUUGUCUCUAUAAAUUUAAACUCUAUGGAUAUACAAGGACCACUGCCUUCAAAUUUACAGCCUCUAAAGUUUUUGAGUUCACUCAUUCUUUCAUCAACCAAUCUCACAGGUCCCAUUCCUAAAGAGUUUGGAGACUGUCUUGAACUUACACUUGUCGAUAUUUCGGAUAAUUCCAUAACCGGAUCAAUCCCAGUUGAGCUUUUUAAGCUCACAAAGCUUCAAACUUUGGCUCUCAAUACUAAUCUUCUUGAAGGUGAGAUCCCUUUUGAGAUUGGAAAUCUUUCUAGUCUCAAGAACUUGAUGCUGUUUGAUAAUCAGUUGAGUGGUGAGAUUCCCAAGAGUAUAGGGAUGUUAAAGAAUCUUCAAGUUGUUAGAGCCGGUGGAAACAAGAAUAUUAAAGGAGAGUUGCCUCAAGAGAUUGGGAAUUGUAGUGAUUUAGUUAUGUUGGGGCUUGCGGAGACCAGCAUUUCUGGUGGGCUCCCCGCAAGCAUUGGCAAGCUCAAGAAAGUCCAGACAAUAGCGCUGUAUACAUCGCUAUUGUCUGGUGCAAUUCCCGAUGAAAUUGGGAACUGCAGCGAGUUAAGGAAUCUUUACUUGUACCAGAAUUCAAUGACUGGUUCAAUCCCACGGAGACUUGGUGAGCUUCAAAAGCUUGAGAGUGUGUUGUUAUGGCAAAACAGUUUUGUCGGGUCCGUUCCUGCUGAGCUCGGGAGAUGUACCGGGCUCGUGACGAUUGAUCUAUCAGAAAACUCGCUAACGGGGAACAUACCGGCUAGUUUUGGAUCACUUUUGAAGCUGCAAGAGCUUCAGCUGUCUGUGAACCAGUUAUCAGGUAUCAUACCUUUAGAGAUCACAAACUGUGUUGCGUUGACUCAUUUAGAAGUAGAUAACAAUCAGCUUACCGGUGAGAUACCGAUUUCGAUAGGGAAAUUACAGAGCAUGACUCUGUUUUUUGCUUGGCAAAAUAAUCUCACCGGUAACAUUCCAGAGUCUUUAUCCCAAUGUCAGAAUCUGCAAGCUCUUGAUCUUUCUUAUAAUCAAAUUUUUGGCACCAUACCAAAACAGAUCUUUUCACUUAAAAAUCUUACAAAGUUACUAUUGCUUUCCAACGAUUUGUCGGGUUUUAUCCCAUCAGAAAUUGGAAGCUGCACAAACUUGUACAGAUUUCGGGUCAACGAUAAUAGACUUUCGGGUACUGUUCCAUCAGAGAUAGGGAACCUAAAGAAUUUAAAUUUUCUGGAUAUGAGUAACAACAAAUUUGUAGGAACGGUUCCUAAAUCCAUUUCUGGAUGUGGGAAUCUUGAGUUUCUUGAUCUUCAUUCAAAUGGGUUCACUAAUGUUUUCCCUGAUACACUUCCCAAAAGUCUACAGUUUGUAGAUAUGUCAGACAAUAGGCUUACUGGUUCGUUGACCCCUAGUAUUGGUUUGUUAACCGAACUAACGAAACUUAAUUUGGGAAAGAAUCAACUUUCUGGAGAGAUUCCAAGAGAGAUACAUUCUUGUAGUAAGCUGCAGUUGCUAGAUCUUGGAAACAAUGGUUUCUCGGGUCAGAUACCGAAACAAUUGGGUCAUAUUCCGUCCCUUGAGAUCUCUCUUAAUCUUAGUUGUAACCAGUUCACCGGUGAAAUACCACCCGAAUUUAUGGGCCUUAGCAAACUAGCAAGUCUAGACCUGUCCCACAAUAACAUAACUGGUAAACUAGACAUCCUAACCAACCUUCAAAAUCUUGUCUCCCUAAAUGUGUCAUACAAUGACUUCACCGGAGCUUUACCAAACACUCCUUUUUUUCGAAACCUCCCAAGUUCUAAUCUUGCUGGAAACCAAGCUCUGUACAUUUCCGGAGCAGUCAUUACCCCGGCUGACAAAAUGGGGUCCACCAGACAUGCCAGGUCAUCAGCAAGGCUUGCUAUGUCGAUCCUAGUCAGCAUUAGUGCCGUACUGGUCCUACUAGGAAUUUACACGUUGGUCAGAACUCAUUUAGCGAAAAAGGAGACACUAAACGAGAAAUGGGAAAUGAUGUUUUAUCAAAAGAUGGAAGUUUAUGUGGAUGAAAUCGUUCACGAGUUGACAUCAGCAAAUGUGAUUGGAACUGGAAGCUCUGGAAUCGUGUAUAAAGUGACGACUUCCAAUGGGGAAACAUUGGCUGUGAAGAAGAUGUGGUCAACAGAACGAUCUGGAGCUUUUACUUCUGAAAUUGAGACAUUGGGUUCCAUCAGACAUAAAAACAUUGUUCGUUUGUUAGGGUGGGGUUCAAAUGAGACGAUUAAGCUCCUGUUUUAUGAUUACUACUCUAAUGGAAGCUUAAGCUCGCUCCUUCAUGGCGUUGGGAGAAAAGGAGCGGAGUGGGAGACUAGGUAUGAGGUUGUCUUAGGUGUGGCUCAUGCACUCGCGUAUCUACACCAUGAUUGUUUGCCUCCGAUAAUACAUGGAGACGUGAAAGCCAUGAAUGUGCUAUUGGGUCCUAACCUACAGCCUUACCUCGGUGACUUUGGGCUCGCUCGACUUGUCACCAAUAAUCAACAUCAUGAUGUAUCAAAGCAAAGCCAGAAACCUCAGCUAGCCGGUUCUUAUGGUUAUAUGGCUCCUGAACAUGCUUCCGGGCAACAUAUUAGCGAAAAGAGUGAUGUGUACAGUUUUGGAGUGGUACUUUUAGAAGUAUUGACAGGGAGGCACCCACUAGAUCCAACUUUGCCAGGUGGUGCACACUUGGUCCAAUGGGUAAGGGACCACUUGCAUGGUAAGAAGGACCCGGUUGACAUUCUUGAUCCGAAACUCAGAGGAAGAGCUGACCCCCAGAUGCACGAAAUGCUCCAGACACUGGCUGUUUCAUUCCUUUGUGUGAGCCCACGGCCCUAUGAUCGCCCAGUCAUGAACGAUGUAGUUGCAAUGCUGAAAGAGAUACGCCAUGAGGAUUCUUUCAGGCCAGACACAGAGUUAAAAGGGAAAGUGUUGGUGAAUGGUCCUCCAGUAUCCCCGACUCCCAGAGAAACGAUGGUUAUACAAGCUGGUUCCUCUAAUUGCUCCUACGCUUUCUCAGAUGACUCCUCCUCCACCUAAUCUAACUAGUGUUCCAAUUAUUAAGAAGAUAAUGUAAAUCUGGUAUGUAUGGGUAGGCAUGUUUAUAAUAAUAAUAAUAAUUCAUGAAGGGAAGGGAAGGGAGUUACAGUAGCAGCUAGGCUUGUACUGAAUAUAUAGAAACAUGUACACAGAUUAUUACAGUACUAUUGAUGAGGUUGUUUUGUAACAUAGGAUUGAAAUUGAUCAGUAUGACUCAAGUUAGUGAUCGAGAUGACCCAAAUUGUCUGUCAUUAUUUUCUCAGCAA